ACCAUUUGAUACCAUUCAACAUAUUUCUUAUCAUCUGCCAUGAAUAAUAAGGGUGAGUGUUAUUAACGCUGUGAAUGGUGAUAUCAUACUUGGCAACAUCAUUGCCCUUGAAGGUCAGCCAUCUAUACGCGAGCACUUCAGAAAGUGCCUCCACGGACUGACUUUAUUCAUUCUCAUACACACACUCUCACACACACACACUUCCUUUGCAGUGCUAUUUAUCAUCCCCUAAGCCCUGAUGUGUCCGGCUUUUCUAAGAUCGAUUAAUAAAAAUUAUAGGCAGCGAUUCAGCAAAGAGCUCUAAUUAGAUUUUUGCGCAUGCACUGUGUGAUGAGGGCCUUUCUGUGCUCUUCCUGGCAACUUCUUACGUCUGAGAUCCAUUGAACGGAAAGAGAGCCUGUAGCCGUGUGUGGCGCAGCAGCGAGUGGGGGAGGGAGUGAGAGGGAAAAACAGAGAACGUCACAAAUGCAGCGGGAGAAUUUAGGCUAACACGUGAGGUGAAAAGCUCGGAGAGGGAACGGCGAAAAAAACCAUCAGAGCAGGAAGUGAAGGGAACGAUAAAAGCUGUUAGUGAAGAUGAAGAUGAAGGCAGUGUCCUCCACAACCUUCAGCAGCACUGGUCUCAGAUUCUUCUAUUCGGUCUGCUUCAUCAAGCUCUUCGGCCUUACAGGCCUUCAGGAUGAGGGCGAUGCAGACGGCUUUCCUGAACUCCAGGCCUCUCCACCUCCGUCGCCCUUUCUUUCGGCUAUUUUGGCAGCAUUCCAACCCGUAGCCUAUGAUGAUGAGGAGGACGCCUGGCGGUGCCAUGUCAACCAGAUGUUGUCGGACUCGGAUGGGUCUUGUGCGGUUUACACCUUCCAUGUGUUCUCACGCCUCUUCCAGCACAUUCAGAGGAAAUUUGACUCG